GUCGGAAAUGCCACAGAGCGCGCCCUGCGCAGCGUGAAAGGAAACGGCGGGGACCCGUCACCUCCCCGCGCGCCCAGCCGGCACCCCGAGAUUGCCCUGCCUGACCCCCCCCGUUCACCGACAGACACCUCUAGACAUCCCAAGACUGCCCUACGUGCCCACCUCCCCCAUUCACUGACAGACAUCCCGUGACUGCCCUGCCCACCCUCCCAUUCAGACACCCCGAGAUUGCCCUGCCUGCCUCCCCUUCACUGACAGACAUCCCGUGACUGCCCUGCCCACCACUCCCCAUUCACUGACAGACACCCUGUGACUGAACUGCCCGCCCACCCCCAUUCACAGAUAGACAAACCACGACUGCCCUGCCUCUCCACUUCCCAUUCACUGACAGACCCCCAGACACCCCAACACUGCCCUGCCCCCUUCACUGACAGACACCCUGUGACUGCCAUUCCCCAUUCACUGACAGAACUCCACAGACAUCCCGUGACUGCCCUGCCUACCAAUCACUCCCACAUUCACUGACAGACUCCCACAUCCAGUGACUGCCCAUCAGUGACUCCCCCCCACACCCAUUAACUGACAGACUCCCCCGCACACACCCAAUGACUGCCCUGCCCCUCACCGCACAUACCCACUGCCCCCAUUUGCUGACAGACCACCCAAUGACUCCCCUGCCCACCCACUGGGCACACCCACUGCCUGCCAUUCACUGACAGACCACACAUACACACACACAGUGACUGCACUGUCUACAAACAGCCACAGCUCAUGUACAUCAUGCCCACACCUAGUGCCCGCCCCCAUUCACUGACAGACCCCACCCACCACAUACAUCUGGUGUGCACACAGUGUGCGCACAUCCAUUGCCCAUCCCCAUUCACUGACAGACACACCCAGUGACUGCCCUUCCACUGCUCACACACACAGCUGCUGGGCACACACAGCACUUGCAAUAUUUGUCAUGCCUAUACAAUGGUGCUUAAUUGAUCAGAUUCAAUUUUAUUGCUAGCCAGGUUCACUUUCUGGUUCUUUACCUGUAUGCUGCACUCUCUGCAUUGCAAUUACUUUGGGGGGGGGGGAUGUUUAAAUUCAAAUUCUUCACUGAAAUUUUAGAAAAUAAUAUUAAAACAUUUCAGUUAAUAUGAGGAUUUAAAAAAUCUUUUCCUCCUUACAAAAAUCUAAACUUUGGGCAUAAACUAGCCAAUUGAGAUGCUUUAAGACCUGGAAAAGCAGCUAGAACUACUACUCCCAGAAUCCCAGCAACUGGCAGCAUGGCUGGGGCCUCAUGUGAAUGAGACUGGCAGCAGUAACAGACCUAUAGAGAGCACGUGAAGGAGGCUGUGUCAGCCAGUGCAAUGUUAGCAUCUGUGUGACUUCUGUUCAUUCAGAGGCGGAGAGACAGAACAGAGCGGUGCUGAAAGUGCAAGAUGAGUGCUGCCUUAGUGAAGCCAGUUCUUUAUAGUUAUUUCCGAAGUUCCUGCUCCUGGAGAGUGAGAAUUGCACUGGCUCUGAAGGGAAUCGCCUAUGAUCAGGAACCAGUGAACCUCCUGAAGGAUGGAGGACAGCAGUUUUCUACUGAAUUCCAGGUAGUAAAUCCAAUGCAGCAGGUCCCAGCCCUGAAAAUCGAUGGCGUCACCUUGUCUCAGUCGCUGGCCAUAAUUCAGUACCUGGAAGAGACCCGGCCUAACCCCAGGCUGCUGCCUCAAGAUCUGAAGAAGAGAGCCCAAGCCCGGAUGAUUUCGGAUCACAUUGUUUCUGGCAUUCAGCCCCUGCAGAACCUGAGUUUCCUGAAACAAGUGGGAGGAGAGAAGAAGCUGGAAUGGGCUCAAGGCUCUAUCGCACGUGGUUUCCAAGCUCUGGAGCAGAUCCUGCAGCACACAGCUGGGCGCUAUUGCAUUGGGGAUGAGGUUUCCAUAGCUGACUUGUGCUUGGUCCCUCAGGUUUACAAUGCUGAGAGAUUUAAAGUGGACCUGGCUCCAUACCCCACGAUAACCAGAAUCAAUAAAGCCCUUCUGGAGCUAGAGGCAUUCCAAGUGAGCCACCCAUGCCGGCAGCCUGAUACACCUGCAGAGCUGCGAGCCUAAGGCCUUCCUACAAGCGGGCUCUGUUCCUCUCUAAAGCAUGAGGGCAGGGGUGGCAGAGAAACGGAUCACACCCUGCCGGAAAAGGAAAGCCACACAAGUGCCCAGCAGGCACUCAUAGCACUGAUGCAUCCUUGCCAGCUGCAAAGAAGAAACAGAGCAAGCACCACUGCCCCUUUACUCUGAAAGUAGCUGUGCAUGGCCCAUUGCAGAUCUGAGUAUGGUAGGGAAAGGUGAUGCUUAUCCCAAUCAAUGUUUAACUACCUUCAGUCUCAUCAUGCAGUAGAUUAAAGGAGAAACAUCAAUAGC